AACAGAUAUGGACUUAGUCUUUCAUUUGACAAUCUCUAAUAACAUUAACAUGGAUUUUAAAAAAGUCUGAUAAUAUUCAUACAACUAUUUUAUAAAUUAAAGUACUAAUUGAUAAAUUUUCAUUUACAAUAAUUCUUGGAUUAAAAUAAAACAAAAACAAAAUCCAUUGAAAUAAUGAUCAUAAUAACGAUAGUAUUAUUUUUAUUAUUUCAUAUAAGUAUUCAUUCAUUACCUAUGAUGAACAAAACCUUAAAUCAACAUAAUGAAACAUUAUCCAAUCUAAAUGAUAAACAAUUAAAUAAUAAUAAUAGAGAAAUUAUUCCUACUAAUAAUAUCAUUCAUGAUAAUUAUAACCAAUUAUUAUUAUUAUUAUUUAAAGAUAUUGCUUCAAUACAAACAUUUAAUACAAUAAAUAACCUUAUGAAUAAUAAUAAUAACAAUAAUAAUAAAGAAAGUAAUUAUUCAUUAAAAAAUAAUAAUUUCAAUCAAAAAAUCAAUAAUUCAAUUAAAUUAAAACAAAAUCAAUUUAUUGACAAUUCAUGUAAUCAUAAACAAUGUUCCACAAUAUUUAGAAUAAAAGAAUUAAAUGAUAAACUAAACCAUUCUAAAGGUAAAUUUAUUAUUAAUAAAAAUAUAAAUAAUGAAAUCUUAUUACGUAAUAUAAUAUCUAAUGAAAUAAUUAAAAAUCAAUUAUCCAAUAAAAAUUUUACACAAUUGAUUAUUGAUUUAAAUAAUAAUAAUAUGAAAGAUUUAUCUUUAUUAAAAAUGUUUAAUAAUCAAUCCUUUAUACAUUUAUUACUUAGUAUAAACAAGGAUACUAUAUUGAAUAAUUUAAUCAUAAAGAAUAUGAUAACUAAUUUGGAUGAUAAAGAAAAUCGAUCAAUUGAUCAUUUAGAUGAUUAUUAUAUUCAGAAAAUUAUUAAUUUAACAGAAAUGAAUACUGAUCAUUCAAUAACAAAAGUGUCAAAUAUGAAAAUCAAUAAAGAAGAGGAAUAUGAUAAUGAAAUCGAUCAAUUAAUUGGUGAAGAACAAAGUUUCAAUGAAGAACUUGGUAACAAUAAGUUAGGGAAAAAUUUAAUAAAGAAAGAAAUAAACAUAAAAAAUAAAAAUAAAUUAUUAACAAAUAAUAAUAGAAUAUUAAUAAGAAACAAAUAUAGGAGAAAACGUUCAGCAAAUAAUAUUGAUUCAGAAGCAUUCAAUGCAUAUUCAUCAAGUACAAAAAAUAUAAACAGAAACAACAAGCAAAAAAAUAACCAAAAACAAAUAAAAAUAAACAAUAAAUACAAAAUAAAUAGAAGGAUUAAAAAAGACAUUAUUACAAAUGAAGAAAACCAUGACAAAAUGAAGAAUAUCAUGAAAGAAUAUAAUCAGGAUAAUGAUUAUGAAAAAGACCCACCAUCAAAACAUGAAACUAAUGAGAAUGAAAAACAAAAAUUAGAAGACAGAACGAUUACAGAAAAUGAACAAAAAACAGAUGAAAAUAAAACAAACAAGGAGGAGGAGACAGAUGAAUCGAACAAAACCAAACAAAUAUCAAUGAACAACGAAGAAAUAACUGAAGACUUACCUAAAACAGCAGACGUGCCAGUGAUUCAGGACUCGAGUCCAGAAACCCCAGUAUCCGAGGAAGUGACGACUGUCUCUCCAGCUCCAACUGCAGAUGUGUCAGUGAUUCAGGACUCGAGUCCAGAAACCCCAGUAUCCGAGGAAGUGACGACUGUCUCUCCAGCUCCAACUGCAGAUGUGUCAGUGAUUCAGGACUCGAGUCCAGAAACCCCAGUAUCCGAGGAAGUGACGACUGUCUCUCCAGCUCCAACUGCAGAUGUGUCAGUGAUUCAGGACUCGAGUCCAGAAACCCCAGUAUCCGAGGAAGUGACGACUGUCUCUCCAGCUCCAACUGCAGAUGUGUCAGUGAUUCAGGACUCGAGUCCAGAAACCCCAGUAUCCGAGGAAGUGACGACUGUCUCUCCAGCUCCAACUGCAGAUGUGUCAGUGAUUCAGGACUCGAGUCCAGAAACCCCAGUAUCCGAGGAAGUGACGACUGUCUCUCCAGCUCCAACUGCAGAUGUGUCAGUGAUUCAGGACUCGAGUCCAGAAACCCCAGUAUCCGAGGAAGUGACGACUGUCUCUCCAGCUCCAACUGCAGAUGUGUCAGUGAUUCAGGACUCGAGUCCAGAAACCCCAGUAUCCGAGGAAGUGACGACUGUCUCUCCAGCUCCAACUGCAGAUGUGUCAGUGAUUCAGGACUCGAGUCCAGAAACCCCAGUAUCCGAGGAAGUGACGACUGUCUCUCCAGCUCCAACUGCAGAUGUGUCAGUGAUUCAGGACUCGAGUCCAGAAACCCCAGUAUCCGAGGAAGUGACGACUGUCUCUCCAGCUCCAACUGCAGAUGUGUCAGUGAUUCAGGACUCGAGUCCAGAAACCCCAGUAUCCGAGGAAGUGACGACUGUCUCUCCAGCUCCAACUGCAGAUGUGUCAGUGAUUCAGGACUCGAGUCCAGAAACCCCAGUAUCCGAGGAAGUGACGACUGUCUCUCCAGCUCCAACUGCAGAUGUGUCAGUGAUUCAGGACUCGAGUCCAGAAACCCCAGUAUCCGAGGAAGUGACGACUGUCUCUCCAGCUCCAACUGCAGAUGUGUCAGUGAUUCAGGACUCGAGUCCAGAAACCCCAGUAUCCGAGGAAGUGACGACUGUCUCUCCAGCUCCAACUGCAGAUGUGUCAGUGAUUCAGGACUCGAGUCCAGAAACCCCAGUAUCCGAGGAAGUGACGACUGUCUCUCCAGCUCCAACUGCAGAUGUGUCAGUGAUUCAGGACUCGAGUCCAGAAACCCCAGUAUCCGAGGAAGUGACGACUGUCUCUCCAGCUCCAACUGCAGAUGUGUCAGUGAUUCAGGACUCGAGUCCAGAAACCCCAGUAUCCGAGGAAGUGACGACUGUCUCUCCAGCUCCAACUGCAGAUGUGUCAGUGAUUCAGGACUCGAGUCCAGAAACCCCAGUAUCCGAGGAAGUGACGACUGUCUCUCCAGCUCCAACUGCAGAUGUGUCAGUGAUUCAGGACUCGAGUCCAGAAACCCCAGUAUCCGAGGAAGUGACGACUGUCUCUCCAGCUCCAACUGCAGAUGUAUGUGUCAGUGAUUCAGGACUCGAGUCCAGAAACCCAGUAUCCGAGGAAGUGACGACUGUCUCUCCAGCUCCAACUGCAGAUGUGUCAGUGAUUCAGGACUCGAGUCCAGAAACCCCAGUAUCCGAGGAAGUGACGACUGUCUCUCCAGCUCCAACUGCAGAUGUGUCAGUGAUUCAGGACUCGAGUCCAGAAACCCCAGUAUCCGAGGAAGUGACGACUGUCUCUCCAGCUCCAACUGCAGAUGUGUCAGUGAUUCAGGACUCGAGUCCAGAAACCCCAGUAUCCGAGGAAGUGACGACUGUCUCUCCAGCUCCAACUGCAGAUGUGUCAGUGAUUCAGGACUCGAGUCCAGAAACCCCAGUAUCCGAGGAAGUGACGACUGUCUCUCCAGCUCCAACUGCAGAUGUGUCAGUGAUUCAGGACUCGAGUCCAGAAACCCCAGUAUCCGAGGAAGUGACGACUGUCUCUCCAGCUCCAACUGCAGAUGUGUCAGUGAUUCAGGACUCGAGUCCAGAAACCCCAGUAUCCGAGGAAGUGACGACUGUCUCUCCAGCUCCAACUGCAGAUGUGUCAGUGAUUCAGGACUCGAGUCCAGAAACCCCAGUAUCCGAGGAAGUGACGACUGUCUCUCCAGCUCCAACUGCAGAUGUAUGUGUCAGUGAUUCAGGACUCGAGUCCAGAACCCCAGUAUCCGAGGAAGUGACGACUGUCUCUCCAGCUCCAACUGCAGAUGUGUCAGUGAUUCAGGACUCGAGUCCAGAAACCCCAGUAUCCGAGGAAGUGACGACUGUCUCUCCAGCUCCAACUGCAGAUGUGUCAGUGAUUCAGGACUCGAGUCCAGAAACCCCAGUAUCCGAGGAAGUGACGACUGUCUCUCCAGCUCCAACUGCAGAUGUGUCAGUGAUUCAGGACUCGAGUCCAGAAACCCCAGUAUCCGAGGAAGUGACGACUGUCUCUCCAGCUCCAACUGCAGAUGUGUCAGUGAUUCAGGACUCGAGUCCAGAAACCCCAGUAUCCGAGGAAGUGACGACUGUCUCUCCAGCUCCAACUGCAGAUGUGUCAGUGAUUCAGGACUCGAGUCCAGAAACCCCAGUAUCCGAGGAAGUGACGACUGUCUCUCCAGCUCCAACUGCAGAUGUGUCAGUGAUUCAGGACUCGAGUCCAGAAACCCCAGUAUCCGAGGAAGUGACGACUGUCUCUCCAGCUCCAACUGCAGAUGUGUCAGUGAUUCAGGACUCGAGUCCAGAAACCCCAGUAUCCGAGGAAGUGACGACUGUCUCUCCAGCUCCAACUGCAGAUGUGUCAGUGAUUCAGGACUCGAGUCCAGAAACCCCAGUAUCCGAGGAAGUGACGACUGUCUCUCCAGCUCCAACUGCAGAUGUGUCAGUGAUUCAGGACUCGAGUCCAGAAACCCCAGUAUCCGAGGAAGUGACGACUGUCUCUCCAGCUCCAACUGCAGAUGUGUCAGUGAUUCAGGACUCGAGUCCAGAAACCCCAGUAUCCGAGGAAGUGACGACUGUCUCUCCAGCUCCAACUGCAGAUGUGUCAGUGAUUCAGGACUCGAGUCCAGAAACCCCAGUAUCCGAGGAAGUGACGACUGUCUCUCCAGCUCCAACUGCAGAUGUGUCAGUGAUUCAGGACUCGAGUCCAGAAACCCCAGUAUCCGAGGAAGUGACGACUGUCUCUCCAGCUCCAACUGCAGAUGUGUCAGUGAUUCAGGACUCGAGUCCAGAAACCCCAGUAUCCGAGGAAGUGACGACUGUCUCUCCAGCUCCAACUGCAGAUGUGUCAGUGAUUCAGGACUCGAGUCCAGAAACCCCAGUAUCCGAGGAAGUGACGACUGUCUCUCCAGCUCCAACUGCAGAUGUGUCAGUGAUUCAGGACUCGAGUCCAGAAACCCCAGUAUCCGAGGAAGUGACGACUGUCUCUCCAGCUCCAACUGCAGAUGUGUCAGUGAUUCAGGACUCGAGUCCAGAAACCCCAGUAUCCGAGGAAGUGACGACUGUCUCUCCAGCUCCAACUGCAGAUGUGUCAGUGAUUCAGGACUCGAGUCCAGAAACCCCAGUAUCCGAGGAAGUGACGACUGUCUCUCCAGCUCCAACUGCAGAUGUGUCAGUGAUUCAGGACUCGAGUCCAGAAACCCCAGUAUCCGAGGAAGUGACGACUGUCUCUCCAGCUCCAACUGCAGAUGUGUCAGUGAUUCAGGACUCGAGUCCAGAAACCCCAGUAUCCGAGGAAGUGACGACUGUCUCUCCAGCUCCAACUGCAGAUGUGUCAGUGAUUCAGGACUCGAGUCCAGAAACCCCAGUAUCCGAGGAAGUGACGACUGUCUCUCCAGCUCCAACUGCAGAUGUGUCAGUGAUUCAGGACUCGAGUCCAGAAACCCCAGACUCGAGUCCAGAAACCCCAGUAUCCGAGGAAGUGACGACUGUCUCUCCAGCUCCAACUGCAGAUGUGUCAGUGAUUCAGGACUCGAGUCCAGAAACCCCAGUAUCCGAGGAAGUGACGACUGUCUCUCCAGCUCCAACUGCAGAUGUGUCAGUGAUUCAGGACUCGAGUCCAGAAACCCCAGUAUCCGAGGAAGUGACGACUGUCUCUCCAGCUCCAACUGCAGAUGUGUCAGUGAUUCAGGACUCGAGUCCAGAAACCCCAGUAUCCGAGGAAGUGACGACUGUCUCUCCAGCUCCAACUGCAGAUGUGUCAGUGAUUCAGGACUCGAGUCCAGAAACCCCAGUAUCCGAGGAAGUGACGACUGUCUCUCCAGCUCCAACUGCAGAUGUGUCAGUGAUUCAGGACUCGAGUCCAGAAACCCCAGUAUCCGAGGAAGUGACGACUGUCUCUCCAGCUCCAACUGCAGAUGUGUCAGUGAUUCAGGACUCGAGUCCAGAAACCUCAGUAUCCGAGGAAGUGACGACUGUCUCUCUAGCUCCAACUGAAAACUUAUCAGUGAUUGACCCUUUACUUAUAUCUACGAUCGGUUCCACCGUUUCCCUUGAUUAUGAUUUUCAUUUUGAUCGUAGUGCAGUUGGAGGAAUUAUUAAGUCUUUAAACAACGAAGUAUUGCAGAAUAAUGAUAAAGUUUCUCCGCAUGUGUUUUCAACUGACAUUCCAAGGAACAGAAAUAUUAACAUACAUAUUAGUGGACCUUAUAUUCAUGAGCAUAAUCGGCUUGAAUUCAAAUAUGGUUUAACAAUUGGUUUCAUUCUAUUAUGUAUUCUGGUUAUUAUGUUAGUUCUGUCUUCAAUUCUUGUUCUCAUUUGGAUUCGUCAUCGACGUAAUAAAUAUUCUGGUAGUAUAACCCUGUCACAUAUUGAAGAAAACGAUAACAAUGUACAAAAUACCUCAUUAGGAAGAAAUAGAUUUCAAUCCAGAAACAGUACACACGAUUCAUUUACAGCUGUAGAAGGAAUAGUUAAUGAAAGCAAAAGUAAUAAAUCUACUAAUUCAAUGAAAACACCAGCAAUACAAAAACGUCUUGAACUACGAAGAAAACAACAUAUAAAAGCUAAAAUAUUAGCUCAUGAAGCUUUACUUUCCACUGAUGAUUGUUCUUCAUGUGAUUGUGGUUUUACUUUUAAAUCUCCCAACCCUGAACGUCUCUGUUUAACAUCGAAUUUAGAUAAUGAUGUUAUAUUAACUGGUGCAUGGCGUAGACAAAGCAAUGAUAGCGGUGAUAGGAAAAACCAAACAAAUCAAAAUAUAUUAAAUUCUGUUGAACAUACUCAUGAUAAAGAAGAUGAAUUUCCAGAUACUCCUACUAUAAAUACUAAUAAUUUUGUUAAAAAUAAUGAAACCACAUCUCAUUAUCAAGAGAUAAGUAUGAACAAACCCAAUAUAAGUUCAAAAGCAUGGAAAUAUAUUGAUGAAAAUUAG